AAUCCUCCAUUUCAAGUAAUCAAGGAAAAAUCUCCAUAUGAAAGUAAUUUUUUGUCAACUGAUUUCAUAUUCCUAAGUGGCCAAUUGGCCAUAGCAAAUAUCUUACGAAGUAAAAAAAAGUGGCCACAGCAGAUAGGAGGAUCAAGGCAAAAUCAGUUUCUGUGUUGGAUGUAUUCGGAAAAUACAAUUUUUUGAAGGAUCCGGGAAGCCAUCACUCCAGACAAGUCUUGAGGUAUACUUUGAACUGCUUUUAGAAACUGCUCUCUCAAGGAGCACUUUGAAGCAGAAUCAGUUUUGAAGGUGUUUGGAUCUGAUUUUAAAAGUGAUUUUACAUGGCUGAAAAAUCUGGGUAGGAGCAGCUUCUCCAAAAGAGCUUCUGAUUCUUCUAAUUUCAUUCUGGAGUUGUGGAAUCAGCUUCCGACUCUUCCCACCUGCGCUGCGGCUCUUCUUCUCCACCGAUUUCCAGCUUGCGGCUCUUCUCUUCUCCGAUUCACAGCCCAGAGUUCAAAGAAUAAUUCAAUGACCCCUUACGAUAAUAAUAUUAUCCUUAACCACAACUUCACUGAAGGGCUGAAUUCAUGGCACCACAAUUGCUGCGAAGCCUUUUUGGUUCCAGCAGGUGUGGAAAGUUAUGUUGUUGUUACAAACCGCAAGGAAUGUUGGCAAGGCUUGGAGCAAGAUAUUACAAACAGAGUUUCUAUAGGAUCCACCUAUAGAGUUAGUGCUUAUGUUGGAGUGUCUGGUGCAGUUGGGGUCUCUAGUGAUGUCCAGGCUACCCUAAGACUUGAGUAUAGAGAUUCAUCUACUACCUAUGUUUUCAUAGGAAGAAAAUCUGUUUCUAAAGAUUGUUGCGAAAAAUUGGAAGGCACAUUUUCACUGUCUAGUAAACCUGACCGGGUUGUAUUUUAUCUGGAAGGACCUUUACCAGGAGUUGACCUACUCAUUAAAUCAGUUGUGGUUACCUGUUCUUCCUCAAUAACAUGUGGAAAUUCUGGUUCACAAUCCAUCUCUUCUGGAGAAGGGAUCAUUUUAAACUCCAUAUUUGAGGAUGGCAUGAACAACUGGUCAGGAGGAGGCUGCAAGAUUCUUCUGCACGAUUCUAUGGAAGAUGGGAAAGUCCGUCCAGUGUUUGGUAAUGUUUUUGCACGUGCAACAGAACGGACACAUACGUGGAAUGGAAUUCAGCAAGAGAUAACAGGAAGAGUAUUGCGAAAGCUUGCCUAUGAGGUUCUUGCUACAGUUCGCUUAUAUGCUAGCAAUGUCACUAGUUCAGCUGUUCGUGCAACAUUGUGGGUCCAGAUGGCUGAUCUUCGUGAGGAAUACAUAGGCAUUGCCACUGUACAAACAACAGACAAGGAGUGGUCACAAUUACAAGGAAAGUUUCUUCUUAAUGGUUUCCCAUCUAAGGUAAUUAUUUAUCUCGAGGGUCCACCCCCAGGCACUGACAUUCUCCUCAAUACCCUAACCGUGAAGCGUGCAGCUAAAGUUCUUCAAUCUCCUCCGCCAGUGAUCGAGAAUGUAGAUUUUGGUAUCAAUAUUAUCACAAACACCAACCUAAACAAUGACACAAAUGGGUGGUUUCCUCUUGGAAAUUGCACCCUCACUGUUGCAAUCGGCUCACCACUUAUAAUCCCUCCUGCGGCUAGAGAUUCUCUUGGAGCCCACCCGCAGUUAAGUGGUCGCUACCUUCUUGUGGGGAAUCGUACAGAGACAUGGAUGGGUCCUGCACAGAUCAUUACACAUAAAGUCAAAGUCUAUUUGACUUAUCAAGUUUCUGCAUGGGUUAGAAUUGGAAAAGCAGCCAGUGGGGCUCAGAAUGUGAAUGUUGCUCUUGAUGUGGACGGUCAAUGGGUGAAUGGGGGUCAAGUUGAGAUUAAUGAUGACAACAAAUGGCAUGAAAUUUGUGGAUCUUUCAGGAUUGAGAAAGAAGCAGCUAAGGUCAAGGUUUAUGUUCAGGGUCCUGCUCCAGGUGUUGACUUAAUGGUUGCAGCACUUCAAAUAUUUCGAGUUGAUAGAAGGGCGCGGUUUGACCACUUACGGAGAGAAACCGAUAAGAUACGCAAGCGAGAUGUAAUCUUGAGGAUCUCAGGAUCAGAAAGUUUUCAUGGGACUGCUGUGAAUGUAAGGCAAGUCCAAAAUAGCUUCCCGUUUGGGUCUUGUAUUAGCAGAGCAAACAUAGACAAUGAAGAGUACAGAGAUUUCUUCCUCAGAAACUUUAAUUGGGCUGUCUUUGGGAAUGAGCUGAAGUGGUACAAAGACGCUGAUGAGCUCUUGGACUUUUGCAUGAGAAACAAUGUUCACGUUCGUGGCCAUUGUAUUUUCCGGGAGGUCGAGGAUGUCGUUCAGCCAUUGGUCUGUGACCUGGACAAGAAUGACCUGUCAAUUGCUAUCAAAGCACGCCUUACAAGCCUCCUCACACGCUACAAGGGAAAGUUUAAACACUAUGACGUGAACAAUGAGAUGAUGCACGGCUCAUUCUAUCAAGACCGGCUCGGGAAAGAAACCCUAGCCAGCAUGUUCAAGGCUGCAAACGAAAUUGACCCUUCUGCCCUCCUAUUUGUCAAUGAUUAUCAUGUUGAGGAUGGCCGUGAUGCCCGGUCAUGCCCGGAAAAAUACAUUGACCACAUUCUUCAACUCCAGGAACACGAGGCACCUGUCGGGGGCAUAGGCAUCCAGGGACACAUAGAUUGCCCGAUUGGAACAAUCGUUCGUCACGCUCUGAAUAAACUGCGAAUUCUCAGACUCCCUAUUUGUUAGAAAACUCCAAUUCUAGUCUUACAGAUCACAGAAUUGGUUCAAGAAAUAUCUCAAAGGCAACUUUUAUUCUCAAAGGCAACAAUGGCCGAAGGCCUAAGGCAACAAUCACUUAGCGUACAAUUUACAAGUUCAUAAUUCAGCAUAUCCCUACAAUUACUAAUGCUUAUUCUAUUUAUAGUAGGACAGGUCAACACCCGGUUAGUUAUUAGCUCAAACAGUCUUGACUAAUAACAAACCCUAUUUCUAGAAUACACUUCAUUGAAGUAUUUAUCUCUUAUCUUCCUAUUCGUAAAGUCUCUAUCAAAUCUCCCCUCCUGAAAAUCCAACUUGCCCUCAAGUUGGAAGAUAUGAAUCAAGUCUGGUAUUCAGCUUCCUCCUGGUGCCUCUCCCUUCCCAGUACUUAGUUGAUGGUGGUAUCAUACGUUCCCAUACUUCUAGUCCUCUAGAUGAAAUACUCCUGUCCAGCCUGAGCAUAGCAUUUGCUUCUGACUUCACCCUAUCUUUAGAUCUAAGCUUCACACUGAAUAGCUCAGGAAGCUCCACUGCAGCUUUAAAGGAAGUAACAAUUGCCAAAAGACCAUAACUCCACCAAAAACCAGGGCUGUUCUGUCCCAAAUAAUUUCCUGACACUCCAAAAUACCUUGCCAGAACAUGGGCCUGAUUCCCAUAGAAUUUUUCUAAAAUUUUUGGUGCAACAACUACUUCGCCUAAAGCUUGCUGGUAACUCUUAAGAACCAUUCUCUGUAAUACCCUUGUGAAGAUGUCAAAAACAUCAGGAAAUGAUAGGCUAAGAUCUGUCUUUGCAUAUAUGUCUCCCACUUUUAGAUAACCUUCUAGUGCUUUCCAUGGAUUAUGUAGGCCAAGCUUGAUGUAUCUUAUCAUGCUGUCAACAAAUGGCUGCCAUUCUGCUUUUUGUACUCCUGCAACUUGUAUCAAUGACUCCUCAUUUCUGUAAUUAAAUCUUAUGUCAUAGCCUGCAUACUUUACCCACUUUCCUUGCACUAUUUUGGAUAUAUCAGCAGGCAAAGAACCAGCAUCAUGAAUUGGUUUGUUGUUUCCUGAGAUGAUAGCAUAUUCCCCAUAGAAAGGAUAAGCAUGAUCUUCCUGAACCUCUGGGUCUUUCCUCUUUCUAUCAAUGUAUGAAUGUUCUGAAAACAUUUUAAUUGAUAGAUUUUUGACAAGAACAGCUUUAUCUUCUGCAAUGUUCUUGAUUUUAAGUAAUCCAGUUUCAGAAGCAAUUAGGACUCUAUUACCAAUUGAACAUGGGUGGAUCAGUAGAUCUACACUAGAAACCCCGCUGGGAAUAAAAUCCAUAUCGGUGGCUAGAUUAGGAGAAACAAAAUUUGGCCAUCGUAUAACCCGUCUUUUUCCUUCAACUGAACCAGUUGCAUGUCCACCGGUAAUUGUAGAUUGUUCCUCUAUUUCAUCUUCCUUAUUCGUUUUCUUGCAUAAAGAUUCAGGUGGAUUCAAUUCAGUCUUCUUUGUCGAUUGGGGAAAACCUUGCGCAGAGUUAGUAAAGUCUUUCGAUAAAAUCUGUGAACCAAAAGAUUCUUCUCUCACUGGUUUUGCCUUCUGCUGCGAGUUGUUCGCGGAUGGGAAUAACUGCGGACUGAGAUCUGCUGUUUCCGUUCGCUGCUCGCUUAGUGACGAUUCCUGCGAACUGAGCAAAGUCGUCCGCGAUUGCGAAUUAGGAGUCCUCGUUCGCGACUCAGUCUGCGAGCUUUUUAGAGAUGGCGACGAGCCUUGUUUUUCAGGUAUCGGAAGAUGCCUGUGCGAACUUCGAUGCGAGUCGUCUGUACCAUCUGAGCUUUCCGGAUGUUUCGCAGAUUUAUGAUGCGAAACAGUCCGCGAUUUCUUCUGCGGCUCCUGCGAUCUUCGCAAAGCGUGCGACCUUCUCUUAGAUCGAUCUUCCGCAUCCAGUCUGGCCAGAAUCGCUGCCAUCAACCCCACAUUUUGUUGAUGAAUCUUCUCCAAGUUAUCCAAUCGUGAUUCCAUCUUUGCGCGCGUCAAGACCUUAACAGCGAUGGACUUUCUCUGAUACCAAUGUUAGAAAACUCCAAUUCUAGUCUUACAGAUCACAGAAUUGGUUCAAGAAAUAUCUCAAAGGCAACUUUUAUUCUCAAAGGCAACAAUGGCCGAAGGCCUAAGGCAACAAUCACUUAGCGUACAAUUUACAAGUUCAUAAUUCAGCAUAUCCCUACAAUUACUAAUGCUUAUUCUAUUUAUAGUAGGACAGGUCAACACCCGGUUAGUUAUUAGCUCAAACAGUCUUGACUAAUAACAAACCCUAUUUCUAGAAUACACUUCAUUGAAGUAUUUAUCUCUUAUCUUCCUAUUCGUAAAGUCUCUAUCACUAUUUGGUUCACCGAGAUAGAUUUCUUUUCAACAAAUGAAUAUAUUAGAGCUGACGAUUUGGAGGUUAUGCUCCGCGAAUGUUACGCUCACCCUUCUGUGGAGGGGAUAAUGUUGUGGGGAUUUUGGGAGUUAUUCAUGUCCAGGGAAAACUCUCAUUUAGUGAAUGCCGAGGGGGAUCUUAAUGAGGCCGGAAAAAUGUAUGUUGCUCUUAACAGAGAGUGGAUGUCACAUUGUCAUGGUGAUUUUAAUCAGCAGGGUGAGUUCUUCUUUAGAGGAUUUCAUGGUUCAUAUGAAGUGGAAGUCAUUGGAAGGUCAAAAGCAUUUACCAAGACAUUUGUGGUCGACAAGGGUGAGGAUGUUUUGAUAAUCUCCAUUGAUGCAUAGUUCGUGACUACUCUUGGGAUGUACACAUUUCUAAGGCCUUAUUAUGAUCUUGUGCUUAUCAUUAGAAGCAUACAUGUUUGAAUUAUUACUCUUUUUCAUACAAAAUGUCUAGAUUAUGUGUGCCAGAGUAUAUUUAUAGUCUUAUGGAUGUAAAAAGCAAAAUUUCAAUAAAAACAAUGUGAUAUUACUAAGGCCUUAAAAAUUUC